CCUGGGCAUUGGAGCAAACAGAAGAGACAUGUCAGAAAACCUGAAACAAGAAACUUUUAACUGUAAUUUUAUCUGAGAAGGAAAAAUGGCUUCCCAAGGGGACUGUGGAGGGUACAUAAAAUUGGCUAUAAUUUAAUAUACCGUCUUACUCUCUCCGCCCCUUUUUACUGGGGGCGUAUGGCUUAGGAUCUUCGAGGACAAAAUGCCUUCAGGAAACCGAGAUGCAUAUUCACUGCCUGAAUUGGCUUUUACAGAUUCUUUCUGCGCCAGGCACUCUUCAAUAGAAAUAUCAAUAGCUAACAUUUGUGCAUUCGCUCAAUUCAUCCAACAAACAUUUCCUGGGAGCCUUUACGUACCAGUUCUUCGAGAAGACAAGCUGAAAUAAGUUCAUUCGGGAUACCUGAUCUGGGGAACACCAGAGUCCCGGAAUUCAGGACCCGAGAUACCGGAACACGUCGGGUCCCGCCAGCAGAGGGCGCGCUCGCGCCCCGGCCGCGACUGGCAGGCGCCCCCGCCGCCCCGAGCGCGCUCCCGAGCGCGCCCCCGCCCGCCGCGUCACGUGACGCGGCCGCGGCCCCAGAGCUGCGGGCCUAAGCCGAGCUCGAUUCGUUGCCGGUGGCCCCUGCCGGUGCAACUAGCCAGGCUCAUCUGAAGGCGCGGGGAGUCCCGUAGAGUCGAUGCUUCCUCUUCCAGUUCAGGUCGGCUCCCGUUACCUCCUCCCCAUUCGCUGUCGCCGCCUCCCUGAGCGUUUGCAUGAGCUCUGCCGUGCGGGCAAGCGCCGGUGACCAUGUAGGGGCAAGCGCGAGGAAGCUCCAGGUCCUCGGGACGAGUCAGCGCCGUCGGCACCCGCCCCGGCGCCCACCCCUCUCCGGUGCGGCCCGGCGGCCCGGCGGCCCGGCGGGCGCCCGGCCUCCCGUUGUGGCCGGGCCAGGAGCGCCGCGAAAUCUCGCGCCGUCUCGCGAGAGGCGAAGUUGAAGGAACAUGGCGACGUCUAAUCUGUUAAAGAAUAAAGGUUCUCUUCAGUUUGAAGACAAAUGGGAUUUCAUGCGUCCAAUUGUUUUGAAGCUUUUACGUCAGGAAUCUGUUACAAAACAGCAGUGGUUUGAUCUGUUUUCGGAUGUGCAUGCAGUCUGUCUCUGGGAUGAUAAAGGCCCAGCAAAAAUUCAUCAGGCUUUAAAAGAAGAUAUUCUUGAGUUUAUUAAGCAAGCACAAGCACGAGUUCUGAGCCAUCAAGAUGAUACAGCCUUGCUAAAAGCUUAUAUUGUUGAAUGGCGAAAAUUCUUUACACAAUGUGACAUUUUACCGAAGCCUUUUUGUCAGCUGGAGAUUACAUUAAUGGGUAAACAGGGAAGCAGUAAAAAAUCAAAUGUAGAAGACAGUAUUGUUCGAAAGCUCAUGCUUGAUACAUGGAAUGAAUCAAUCUUUUCAAAUAUAAAAAACAGACUCCAAGAUAGUGCAAUGAAGCUGGUGCAUGCUGAAAGAUUAGGAGAAGCUUUUGAUUCUCAGCUAGUCAUUGGAGUAAGAGAAUCCUAUGUUAACCUUUGUUCUAAUCCUGAAGAUAAGCUUCAAAUUUAUAGGGACAAUUUUGAGAAGGCAUACUUGGAUUCAACAGAGAGAUUUUAUAGAACACAGGCACCCUCGUAUUUACAACAAAAUGGUGUACAGAAUUAUAUGAAAUAUGCAGAUGCUAAAUUAAAAGAAGAAGAAAAGCGAGCGCUACGUUAUUUAGAAACAAGACGAGAAUGUAACUCUGUUGAAGCACUCAUGGAAUGCUGUGUAAAUGCCCUGGUGACAUCCUUUAAAGAGACUAUCUUAGCAGAGUGCCAAGGCAUGAUCAAGCGAAAUGAAACUGAAAAAUUACAUUUAAUGUUUUCAUUGAUGGACAAAGUUCCUAAUGGGAUAGAGCCAAUGUUGAAAGACUUGGAGGAGCAUAUCAUUAGUGCUGGCCUGGCAGAUAUGGUGGCAGCUGCUGAAACUAUUACUACUGACUCUGAGAAAUAUGUUGAGCAGUUACUUACACUGUUUAAUAGAUUUAGUAAACUUGUCAAAGAAGCUUUUCAAGAUGAUCCACGAUUUCUCACUGCAAGAGAUAAGGCAUAUAAAGCAGUUGUUAAUGAUGCUACCAUAUUUAAACUUGAAUUACCUUUGAAGCAAAAAGGGGUGGGAUUAAAAACUCAGCCUGAGUCAAAAUGCCCUGAGCUGCUUGCCAAUUACUGUGAUAUGUUGCUAAGAAAAACACCAUUAAGCAAAAAAUUAACCUCUGAAGAGAUUGAAGCAAAACUUAAAGAAGUGCUCUUGGUACUUAAAUAUGUACAAAACAAAGAUGUUUUUAUGAGAUAUCACAAAGCUCAUUUGACACGACGUCUUAUAUUAGACAUCUCUGCUGAUAGUGAAAUUGAAGAGAAUAUGGUAGAGUGGCUAAGAGAAGUUGGUAUGCCAGCAGAUUAUGUAAACAAACUUGCUAGAAUGUUUCAGGACAUAAAAGUAUCUGAAGAUUUGAACCAGGCUUUUAAGGAAAUGCACAAAAAUAAUAAAUUGGCAUUACCAGCUGAUUCAGUUAAUAUUAAAAUUCUGAAUGCUGGUGCCUGGUCAAGAAGCUCUGAGAAAGUCUUUGUCUCACUUCCCACUGAACUGGAGGAUUUGAUACCUGAAGUAGAAGAAUUCUACAAAAAAAAUCAUAGUGGUAGAAAAUUACAUUGGCAUCACCUAAUGUCAAAUGGAAUUAUAACAUUUAAGAAUGAAGUAGGUCAAUAUGAUUUGGAAGUAACGACGUUUCAGCUGGCUGUGUUGUUUGCAUGGAACCAAAGACCCAGAGAGAAAAUCAGCUUUGAAAAUCUAAAACUUGCAACUGAACUCCCAGAUGCUGAGCUUAGAAGGACUUUAUGGUCUCUAGUAGCUUUCCCGAAGCUCAAACGGCAAGUUUUAUUAUACGAACCUCAAGUCAAUUCGCCCAAAGACUUUACAGAAGGUACCCUCUUCUCAGUGAACCAGGAGUUCAGUUUAAUAAAAAAUGCAAAAGUUCAGAAAAGGGGUAAAAUCAACUUGAUUGGACGCUUGCAGCUUACUACGGAAAGGAUGAGAGAAGAGGAGAAUGAGGGAAUAGUUCAGCUACGAAUACUAAGGACCCAGGAAGCUAUCAUACAAAUAAUGAAGAUGAGGAAAAAAAUUAGUAAUGCCCAGCUUCAGACUGAAUUAGUAGAAAUUUUGAAAAACAUGUUCUUGCCACAAAAGAAAAUGAUAAAAGAGCAAAUAGAAUGGCUAAUAGAGCACAAAUAUAUCAGAAGAGAUGAAUCUGAUAUCAACACUUUCAUAUAUAUGGCAUAAUUUUUAAUAUGAUGGACAAUGAUAAGAACCCAAAUUUUGGAGUGCUUGGGCAGAAAGUCAUAACGGUGUGUGCCAGAAGAUGGUUCAUUUGGACUUUGAUUACAUAAAUAUUAAAAUCUCUGCCUUACCUACAGAACAACUAUAUUUUGCCAAUCACUUUAGUUAGCAUGAUGGCAUUCCCUUCAUGUUGCACACUCUUUAACAGCAUGCUGUUUUGUGGAGAAAUUUGCAUUCAUGAAGAGCCCAUUAUGAACUUUAAAAGUAAAUUUGAUUUAUACCCACCAGAAGAGAUACAGAUGGAAGGGUGAGGGCGGGCUUCUUAUCGCUUUAUUUCCUCUUACAAAAAUGUACUUACUUGCACAUGGAAGGAUCUUCAGAUAUUUGUGCACUGAAAAAAUGCUGUUAUGUUUUGUUUUUAACUGUAAUUAAAGCUAGAAAUAGCACUGUUGGCUUCUUUGAUGGGAAAAGUGAGCUGGUCUACACAGCACUGGGAGGGAGAGGGCAGGUAGGUGAGAAGAGAAGUGUUGGGUCACACCAGACUGUUCAGACCCCACUUAAGUAGAGUGGCCGGGUUUUUAAAGUGCCCUGAAAAUGGAGUUAAAUUUUUCCAACUACAAAUAUUGGCUUUCUUUCAGUAGGAGAUUGCUGUUUGGUUGUAUGUUAUUAAAUGAUAAGAACUUUUUAAUCUUAAAUGACUAGAGAGCGUGUUUUGAAAAAGUGGAGCUGGUAUUAUUGCUUCAGUUGUUUGAGAAAAGGUAAGGAUAUAGGUAGGUCAUUUCAACUGCAGAGUCAAAAUAGCAAAAACAAACAUCAAGUGUUUACUAUCAUACUUUAUAUACCUAAUAUUUAUUAUGCCAUAUCUAAAUUUAUUUAAAGUGAGGCAGAGGCAGAAAUCUCAUGUGCUCUGAUAUAAUACAGUUAUAUAACUGAUCUCUUAAUUUGUAGCUUAGGAAUAUUUUGAUAUUUUAAGGUCUCAUGAUUAGGGAUUUAUAACCUCAGGUUUCUGGAAAGGAAGCAUUCUGUUUUAAAAAGUAGCAAUUAAAUAUCACUCACCUAAGAAAGACAAAAACCACAAGACCUGAAUAACAUAAGCAAAAUUGUUGCGAUCUUAAUAUGAGCAGUAAACUUGCCAAAUAUAUGUACAUAUAUAUUUAUAUAUUUUAAAAAUAAGCAUUUUUAAAAUGUUCAGUAGGCAACACUUACCUUAUUCCUUUCAGUCAAUCCAAAGUAGCAACGUAUUAGUUGCUGGCAACUGAAUGCCCAGAGUAGUCGAGAUUUUAGGACUUGAGAACAGAACAACUUAAAAAAGAAACGCUUAUUCCCCAUUGGGCAAAUAAGGCUCAGCGUGGACUUUUAUUCAUUAUGGUGCAUGUUUCAAAUUUUCUUGCAAAUUAUUUUAUAUCUUGUAUUGAUAUUAAGUAAUAUUUUAAAUGUAUGGUUUUGAAGACAGUAGGAAAUGAGUGCUGGAGCAUUGAAAGGCAUAUGGUAUUGUUAGUAAGUACCUGCAAGACCAUUUCAUGGGCUCUGUCCCCAAUCCCAAGAGGCUUUGUGAGCUGCCUGCUGAAAGAAAAGAAAGCAACGUUAAAACAUUCACAGUUUUGCUGGUUAGAGUCAAAUGCAUGUUCUGAAACUCAGAAAAUUGGAAUUUUGUUUCUAAUUUAAAAUCUUACACUGAGCAUAUUGUGAAGAGUUAAUAGUGCUCACUGUUUUCUCUAAUUAGAUGACUGCUAACAAUGGAUAAAUUUGAAAUUAAAACAAUUUAGUAAUAAUUGUGGCCCUCGUGUUUAACAGAUACUUCGGUGUUGGCAUAUAUGCUUAUCUAGUGCAAGAAUGCCUAAGGAAGAAACAAUGAAAGGAAAAGUCAUAGGCCAUUUUUUAAAGUUUAAGAUUUAUUGUUGUUUUAAACCAUAAUUGUUCUCAAAACGUUUUUGGAGUUUCUAAUCUUUUUGGUCAUAAUUUAAGAAUGAAAGCCAUGAUGUUUUGAUUUAUAAAGGCAAAUUUAAUGCAAAAGUGGGUAACUAAAUCCCUAGCAAAGUUUUCUAUUAAAUUUUAUAAAUUUUUUAAUAGCUAAUUAUGUCCUAAUUGUAUUUUAGGGAAUUACACAGCAGAAAAUACUGUAGACUUAAAGUUUUCAUCAUUUUUUUCAUUUAAUGUAUUCAAAAGUUUAACUACUUUUUGGUGUUUAUGGAAACCAUUUAGUUGACAAGGUGCCUAUACCAUUGUUGAAUUUUCUUUAGAUAGGUUUUGAUGAUAGAUUUGCUAAUUAAAAAAAGAAAAAAGAAUCUGAAAAAAAAAAAAAACUUACCAGCAAUUUGCUAAAGAUACAGAAUCAGCUAGUAUUCUUUAUCAGGUUCCUUUUCUCUAAUGUGCACUUGAAAUUAGUGCUGGGCAGGGAUGAAACCUGACACAGUUAAGGGAAAGGAAUCUCGGCCAAUAUAUCUGUAUGUGUGUGUCUUUAUACACUCACACACACACAUAUAUGGCACAAUUGUCCCCCCACAAGUAGUGUGGCAAUAGGUUGCUCCAGGGGUUAAUACUUUGAAUACUCAACUUCUAAUGUAAACAUGGAGCCAUCUGGAAAAUGUUAACCUUUGUUCCUAUGUCAUUGCCAGAGUCAGUAGACAGGAUACACAAUUUAUGAUUUUAUAUUUAUACACACCUUGUAUAAAUAUAAAGAUGAAACAAUUUUAAUAAAAUAAAUAUUAGAACAUUAUUGUUUUGCUGAUUUAAUGAGGAUCUUGAAAUAAAUUCUGAUGUCUUCCAAUUUUUACCUUCAUUGGAGGGGUCCCUGCAUUCUGUUUAUUUAAGUCUCUUAUUUUGUGCAUAAAUGUUAAAAAUUUCCAAAAAUGAAAUGUUAGCAUUCUUAUUUUUACUUUUUAUUAAAUUUAAUACAAAAUAGACUGGAGUAGUUAAAUAUUUUGCAUUAUUUACAGUAACAUGUCAUAGCCCUGCUCAAAGGGCACAUUUUAAAGAUUCAAUUUGGGUGAAAGAUUUGCUAGUUUUCCAGAAAGAUUUGUAAUCUUAAACUCAGCUGGUUUUUUCUAUUUUCAUGUAAAUGACUGGGAUGCUAUCUUACAAACUCUUCCAAGGUCAUGUGAAAUAAACAUUACGUGAGAGCUUUCCUGUCAUCUACACUAUCUGUGUCGUCUGGAGUGUUGUUGAACAAAUUGGAGUUCCUAGAUUGCAGUCUUUCCUCCUAUGGUAUCUACGAUUCUGAAUGUGUGCCACUACAUACUGAGAUGACAAUGCUGUACAAUUUUAAAUGGUAGCAGUUUCUGUAUGCAGUAGGCUGAAAUAUUUUGAUGAACUGCUUAAUUUUUGGAUUUUAUUUUUUAAGUUGUAUAAUUUAUUU